GUGGACCGCGAGCGUGGACAUCGAAGGUGAGUGUGUGAUGGCGCGAAGAAGGAUGUUCCUUGAGGAACGCCCCUUGGGCAUUGAACCACCUAGGGAAGUACCGGGUGGGGUAGAGGUUAGCUUGCCGGCGGCAAGUGAAGGCUGGCACCAGGUGGCAGAUUGGGUCGGGGUCGAGCUUGCAGAAAAUAUGGUUUACCUGGUGACGAAAGUUGAGUUGCGUGCGGAUGAGAAUGGGGAAUGGAACCCGGACAUGAGGGGGCAUGUGCGUGCAGAAGGACGGCUGUAUGUGUCAGAGGAUGGGUGGAGGGAGUUCGGAGUCCGACUUACAUCAGGAGAAGACCCAUUGAGCAUGUUUGAAGGGGCAUGGCAGUUAGUAUGGCGAGCGGGAUUUGAGUUCGCAGAUCCAAGGGUUGACGAUGUAAUAGCGGACCUUAGGGUAGCCAUGGUCGGGAGUUUCGAAUUGGCUAGUGAAAAUGUACGAAUGAGGCUGCCGCCCUUCCUGCUGGAAAGGUUGGGCGGUCUGGGACUUGUUAGACGAGCAGUAGUCGACCUCGCAAGCCUGACAUACGAAGAUGCGAUGGGACAUCGAGAAUACUAUCGAGCCUUCAUAGAAAUAGGCCCAUUCAGUGGAGAGCAGAAGUACCAGAGGUGCAGUAGGUCCCUCAAAGGCCAGAUCCUCGGACCCAGGGGGGAGCGUGUCAAUUGGAACUUGCUAGGAGGGAUGCGGCGAGCCGUCAUCCUCCUUAAUAACUUAGAGAUAGCUGCCGUAGAAGCAGAGCCGAUAACCGAGAUUGUCUGGGACCAGCCAAGGGGACGGGGACCACAGGCCAAUUUUAUCCUAGAAGGCAAUGGCCAGGAUAGGGUAAACAUCACCACACGCCGGGCCGGCGCAGAAAAGAAGCUUAUUCAAGAUACAGCAAUGGAAGAACUCGCAGGGACUAACGCGGGCCAGCAAGAGACCGAAGCCGGGGAACAAGAGGUCUAUGGGAAGCCAAGAGAGGACGAACCGGUAGACAAGGCUACGGCGGCAAAAAAAAAGUUCAGGUAUCAAAUUCCGAUCCUGACUUCGCCAGAAAUCGAUGGCACCUUGAGCAAGCUACUGGGUACCAUGGUAUCGGUGUCUUUUCAGACCAUGCUGCAAGCCAGCCCGAGGCUGCUUAAAAGACUCAGGCAGUUGCUAACGCGUAAGUGCGUAGAGGUAGAGGAGGCCCCAGAACUGCAAGAGCAGGACACGGAAGAGGCCGAGGCGCCGCAAGGAGUCUCCAACCUCCAAAGCAUUCCAGGGUGCCUGGGAGAUUUGGAGAAAGCCUUUGCGGAAAUCCGCCUAAGCCUACCGGAUCGUGAAGGUGGCGAAGUCAUGAGGGCGCCACCCGGGACAAAGCUUAACUUUCAUGCAUUACCAGCAGGGAAACUUAAAGUUCAAAUCGGAACUCACCACACUGACGCUGUGCGAAAAUACAAACCCGUAGGAAAGAAGGCCAAGCCGGUCUCGAUCCUAGUAGAAACAUCAAAGGAAGAGGCCAUGGAAAAAGAGGAGGAGAUCCUACGGGUUAUAAGGGAGAGACGUGCAACGGAAGGUCAUCGCAUACCAGAUGAUGUAGCAAACACCAUGAAAAUAGGAGUGGAAGGAUUCCUMACACCGGAAGAGACUCAGUUGAUAAGAAAGGCGUGCCAGGAGUUCCAUUUAGCUUUCGCUUUCAAUGAUCAUCAGAAAGGGCGAUUGGAUGAAAAGCUAGUUCCCCCUGUCAGGAUCCACACCGUACAGCACGAGUGUUGGAAUGAUAAAGGGUCCGCAUAUGAGUUUGGGAUAGCAGCGGAGGUCAACGACCUGCUUAGAGCCAAGAUAGAUUCCUUCGUGGCUGAACCCACCGCAUCCCCCUACACGAACAAGUGGUUCGUGUUCAGGAAGCCCAAUAAGACGCUCAGGUGGAUCCARGACUUGCAGAAGCUAAAUGCGGUAACAAUUAAGGAUGCAGACUCGCUUCCACAUGCCGACUUAUUGGCAGAAUCUCAUGCAGGGCGGAGCAUUUACUCCCUGGUAGACUUAUACUCAGGAUAUGAUCRGUUGCCGCUCGAYGCGAGGGAUAAACCGUACACCGCAAUGGACACCCCCGUAGGACAGCUGCAGAUGSAAGUGACCCCUAUGGGCUUCACAAAUGCGAUAGCAGAAGCGCAGAGGAGGAUGCUCGCCGUUGCAGGAGAUAUGUUUUCGGAAAAGUGUGAACCUUAUAUAGAUGAUAAUCUUGUAAAAGGUGCAAGAUACAAGGACGAGGCGGAAGUCCAACCRKGUGUACGGAAGUKUGUUUGGGAUCACUUGCAGGAUAUUAAGGACCUGCUCYAGCGAUUCCUAGUUUACAAUAUUACUAGAAGCGGACCCAAGAGCAUCCUGGCUGUCCCGGAGGUAACUAUACUGGGAUUUCGCUGUGGGGCCUAUGGGAGGAGACCCGACCCAUCAAAAACUGAUAAGAUCUCUCAGUGGUCGACACCUCUGCGUACCACGACGGAAGUACGAGCCUUCCUAGGGGUGGUUGGAUUCUGGAGGAUCUUCAUCAAAGGUUUCGAAAAGAUAGCGGAACCUAUCCGCCCGAUGAUUACGGAAGGUGACACUAUGGAUUGGACCGAGGAUAGGGAAGAGGCAGCCCAGACCGUGAAAGACAUCUUGUCAUCCGAUCAGGUCACUCUAGCAGCACCCUGUUUCAAUGACGAGGCAUACCUGUUCGGAAGGCGAUUUAUCCUAAGGAUCGAUCCCACCAACGUUGUCGGGGCCCUAAAGAACUACAAGCCUAUAGAUCCGACCGUUGGCAGAUGGAUAGGCUUCACAUGGCAAUUCGACUAUAAGGUCGAGCGGAUYGCAGGGCUCCGAAAUAGGGYAGAUGGGCUGAGCAGGGUAUGUAUCACGCCAGAAGGAGUAGAGGACGAGGAACCAAUUGACRCCUUCCUGGAAUACGAASGAGGGACCCUUGUUGUGGAUAAUGAGAUGGCAGACCCAGCGAUUACAACAGGUCAGUUGCUGAUUCAGACCUUGGAAAAAGGCGCACCUGCAGUAGUUGCAGAACUCGGGGAAGGACCAGUCACCACGGUCAGGCGUAAAGAGGAGAAGGACUCGUGGGGAGCAGAAGUAGGGGCCAGGGGAGAGCUGAUGGCGAUGGCCGUGGAAGGGGGACGGGACGCCGUAAUGAUGUUGGCCGAAACCUGGGCGGAGAAGAAGUGUCAGUACCUAGUCAACCUCACUCGGGAGGAGCAGGGUACGGAUCAGAACGAACAGGAAUUCUUCCUCAUACAGAUGUAUGAGGGCGUCUUCAAAGAAAUCGGUCUGCUGCUUGUAGGGAACAAACAGCCCACGGAAAUCAGUCCCAAGGCAAGGGAGGAAGUCGAAAAGUAUGUCCUAAGAAAUGACCACCUGUUCAAGAAAGAGGAAGGGAUGAUGCCUAGACGCGUCGUUUGUGGGAGGUCUAGGCAGCUGGACGUAAUUCAGGCAAUGCAUGACGGGCUAGCUGGAGGUCAUCGGUCGUCUAAGGGGACACUUGCGAAGAUCGUGCCCCUGUACUUUUGGCCAGGGAUGGCAGGCAUGGUCGCAAUGUAUUGUCAAACGUGUCUGAUAUGUCAAGAAAGGAGCUCCGUACGAGUUUACGAGCCCCUUAGACCCACUCGGGUACUGGGACACGGACAUCUUGUUGAUCUUGCGGUUAUGUCCGUAUCGACGGAUGGGUUUAGAUACAUCUUGGAUGCAAGGGAUAAUCUCAGUGGCUAUGUAGAGGCCGUAGCCCUAAAAAAGAAGACGGGGAAAGCAGUGGCCGAUUGGGUGGAAGAUUUCUACCUAAGUCACCCCGUCGUGCGCAUGUUUAUAGCAGACAAUGGGACAUAAUUCGUUAACCAGGAGGUAUUGAACAGGCUUAAGACACUGUGCGUACCAAUCAAGAUCACUGAGCCCU